AUGGGUAACGCGUUCUCUCUAGCGAACACCUUCAUAUUUCCGGCUCCGCCGGCAUCGUACACAUCCCAGCUCUAUGAGCUCAUAUGGAUCCCCAAGCGCUUUGCGUACGACACACAGGGCGGCCGAGGGGCCACGCCGGGGUCGUUCCCCGUGCUAUACCUGCCGUCACCAGCCCCUUCUAACGUCGUUAUGAUAUACCUUCAUGGCAACUCAUGCGACAUCGGCCAAGUCAAGCCAGAGCUGCGGCUGAUUAGCCACGAGCUCAAUGUUACGGUUCUCGCCGUAGAGUACCCGGGGUACGGCGUGUCUCCGGAGGUGGCGGUGGCCACCGGUGAACUGAUCAACUAUCGUGUCCGGGCGACCGUCAACUUCCUCAUCUCACUCGGCGUCGACCCUAGGUCGAUCAUCUUGUUCGGCAGGUCGAUCGGUACUGGUCCUGCGGCCGCCAUAGCAGCCGAGUUCAAGCAACGUGGCGUGCAGUGCGGUGGUGUCGUGCUGCAGUCGCCGUACAUCUCGAUUCACAAGAUCAUCGAGGACUACUUCGCCCUGGGGACGUGGCUGGUGAGCAACUUCUGGGACACGGAAAAGGCGCUGCAUGACAUGGGGCCGACUACUCCGCUGCUGAUCAUCCACGGUCUCGUCGACGAGAUCGUGCCGGUUUCCCACGGCCAGACGCUCUUCGAGUCCUACAACAGCGACCUCAAGAUGGCCGACUUCCAACCGGCGUCCAAGCACAACAUGUACUCCAUCAUCGAUGACAUUUGCGUGCCCAUUGAGAAGUUCCUCACGAGGCUGAGCCUGUCUAAGGACGCACCAGUCGUCAACAUAAAGCUUCCGCAGUGGUGCCUGUACAGCUGCCACAGGCUCGUGAGCGGGCAGACGCUCAUGGAACGCAACAGGAAGGCCGGAGCGACUGUCAACCAUGAGAAGCAGAUCAGCUCCGCCAGGACGCACGAACGGCCGGGGAGGCCCCAGCUCAUGCGAAACUAUUCCAUGAAUGACGGGAUGCGACCAAACAGGAGGGAGGAAGAUCUCGUUCCGGACGACACUGGGCUCGUCAUUACCAGGAAGAUUGACACAGGCUCAGUCAGCGCACGCAGCGCCCCCGCAACAGAAGAUACUCCCAGGCAGGUCAAUCGCACCACCUCCAAGACCAGCUUCCAGUCGUCGCUGCAGUACCUGCAAGAGCAGAACGAUAUCAACAGCGACGAGAUCUCAGAUAUUGUUAACGAGGCCAUAUCGCGCACCACCAACAUGUAG